AUAAGACGCCUCGAUCGAACACAAGCCUUUCCAAAUAUUCUCUUUGAUCGGCAUCUAAUCAACAAACCAGCGCCGCCCAAUGAAGCAAAAGAUUGUGAUCAAGGUGAGCAUGUCGUGCGACAAGAGCCGGUUGAAAGCCAUGACGAUGGCCGCGAGAGCGAACGGGGUGAGCUCCGUGGGGAUAACCGGCGACAGCAAGGACAUGCUGGAGGUGGUAGGCAACAGCGUCGACCCGGUGUGCCUCGUCGGCUGCCUCCGCAAGAAGUACCACGACGUUCACAUCGUCAAGGUGGAGGAAGUGAAGGACGACAAGAAGGAUGAGAAGAAGGAGGACCCGCCGCCGUACUGGUACCACGGCUACCGCCACCCAUAUGGGCCAUACCCGCCGCCCAUGGUCGUGUGCGACGAGCCCACCACCCCCUGCGCCAUCAUGUAAUUGCCAAAUAACCAGAUGCCGAGUUCGCCAUAUGGAGAGGCCGCAAGUUUGUCCACCAUUUCGGACUAUUGGUAAAUUGGAAGAAAGAAAGAGACAUAUGUAUACAUAUACGUCGUCCUUGGUCUCCAGUUAGAUAGAGUAAUAGUAUGUCGAGAAAAAGCAAUCACGCAUACCCCAGAUCUGAAUCCCUCGCCUCUUCGCGAUGUUCGUACUACGUGCUGCCUCUCUGAUCUGGGCUUCCGAAUGUGCCAAUCUGUAAUGAUGGUCACUGGAAUGGUUUGCGUCUGAAGACGUUGGAGUCACACAGCGCGCGCGCAUGUAACGGUCAAUGCGUCAAACGGCAAGAAAAAUGUAAAACGUCACACCACUAUGCCCUC